AUGGUGGGCCCGUUCCGGAGAGGGCUCAAUCCUCCCGCUACUCUCCGAUCUGGCGCGCAAAUGGUCAGAGGCUGCCAACAGCCAGGAGAUUCAGCCCAAUCGAGUGAGCUUGCGCGUCACUCUCCUCUGGGGACUCUUGACCUGUCUCCAGGACAAGGUUACCAACCUCACCCAGGAUCAGAUGGUGUUUGCAGUUCGCAGCUCGUGGGCGGACGCGAAUGGAGGAUGGAACUUCCAGAAGUGGGAUGCUCACCAUCAGAUGCUCGUCGUGGACACGUCUCGCCCGCCGUUGAGCACUGCGCAGGUCAAGGAAAGCUUGGGAACUCUCCUUCAGGCGAUCAACGGCGACACGCUGACUCGGUUCUCGGCGACUCAGGAGAUUCGAGCAGACGCUCAGGGCAAGAUCACCUUCCAUGCGGACAUCAGUCUUCGAGCGCCAGGCUCCGAUACCCUCUACCAAGAACGGUCCGCCUCCAGGGCUCCGCAAUCUUCCAGAUCAUCGGGGUCCAGUUCAAGCCGGAGGGAUAUCACCGCCCCCCUCUCAUCCGGAGGCUCCAGCAGCUGAUUGGGUUCCGUAUUUCACUAGUGCCACAUUGCAGACGGAGGUCAUUGAAUAUCGAGUUUUGGCGGCUGUGUGUCAUCAAGGAGUUAUGGGAGCUGGAGCUCCCAUCCAUCUUAGGACUGGCACAUCCUCGCAUCGCGGAUGCCGGCACCGACUCGGAUGAGUUCUCGCCGCUUGGCGUCGAUGUCUUCACUCAGCCUACCCAGAUCUCGGACCAGGCUCUAGCCGGAGUCUCAGCCUCCUCGUCUACGUUGGCAGCCGCGUCAUCUUCUUCGCCCACUUCACACCAUCCACUGAUACACCCUUCGCGCUCGACCAUUGCAGGUUCCGAGCCCAUCUUCGACGUUGAUGCGGACAUGACCGAUCCAGUUGAUCAGAGCGUGUUGGACACUCAAGUCUAUACGACGCCUGAGGCGCCCGCUAUCACAGCUGGGGACUGGGGUGAGGUUUGGAACAUGGAAAGGCCGGCGCAGGGAUUUCUAACAUAUGAGCUGCAGCUGGACAACAUUACUUUGCCCCCAGCGCCGGCACGAGAUGCUUCAGCGAUGGAAUGGCUGGCCUACUUUGUGUGUUCUAAGCGCAGCUGCACAACAGACGAUCUGCGCCACCUCUGUCA